AUGGCUGGUCCUACCAUUCAGCCCAAACUAUUUCGGACCCUGCUUCAAUUCCGAACGUUUCCUGUGGCCCUGACUGGUGACAUUUGCAAGAUGUAUCGUUGCGUUCGAGUUGCCGAGCCCGAUAGUUUUCUGCAGUGCCUUCUUUGGAGAGAUUCACCAAGCCAGGAGAUACAAGUUUACAGGCUGAAUACAGUAACUUAUGGAACCAAGCGUGCAUCAUUUCUAUCUGUGCGGGCCAUGCAUCAGCUUGCUAUUGAUGAGGAGAAUUCGUAUCCCAUUGGCUCCCAAAUUCUCAAGCGGGAUUUUUACGUUGAUGAUCUGAUUACUGGUGGCAACUCCGCUCAAGAUGUUUUAGAGAUCAUGCGUCAAACCCAGGAAUUGCUUGGAAAAGGGCAGUUCAAGCUGAGAAAAUGGUGCUCUAAUGACCCCGUUGUUCUUAAGGAAACACCCGAGCCAGAAAGGGAAACAUUCCUGAAGUUCGACGAUGGAAGCGACAUUACCAAAACGCUGGGGCUCGCUUGGGAUCCUACUUCAGACGUUCUAAUGUUUUCUUUCUCUCCCAUGCAGCGCAUCUUAAAACCUAGCAAGAGGUCCGUGCUGUCCACAAUAGCCCGCUUCUAUGACCCCCUCGGCCUCAUCUGCCCUGUCAUAACCAAAGCAAAAAUCUUUUUGCAGCAGCUUUGGAAGGAGAAAUUGGAUUGGGAUGAGAGCCUUCCCUCUGCGCUAAAUUCGUCUUGGCUGAAGUUAACAGCUGAUAUUGCUUGCACCCAGCAAAUGAAAUUUCCUCGCUUAGCUGUUCAGCCUGCCGGCAUCAUAGAGCUCCAUGGUUUCAGCGAUGCCAGCAUAAAUGCGUAUGGUGGCUGUAUCUACGCUGUGUCUUCAUCACAAGGUCGUAGAGAGGCUCAGCUACUUUGUGCUAAGUCUCGUGUGGCUCCGCUGAAGACGCUUACGAUUCCCAAAUUGGAACUUUGUGCCGCUCUGCUGUUGUCUCAACUCAUCCGAGAAGUCCGUGAUAUGAACGUUUUCUCUUGCCCGUUCUUUUGCUGGUCCGACUCGUCCGUCGUACUUUCGUGGAUUAAGGAUGAGCCCUCCCGGUUCCAAGUCUUCACCGCAAACCGAAUUGCUUCGAUACAGGAGCUGACCAACGGAAUGGAUUGGCGAUAUGUACCCACGUUUUGUAACCCAGCUGACAUUUUGUCGAGGGGAUCACUUCCAAGCGAGCUGCUUGAGUCAUCGCUAUGGUCAAGAGGUCCAUCGUUCCUGUGCAAUGACAGAAUUCACUGGCCCGCCCCGCAUUCUGCCAUCACUCCGUUACCAGAAAUGAGAAAUUCGCUCGUGGCUCAUACCACGCCUUCCAAUGACAUGACGUUGCAAUGCAAGUUCAGCAAUUCCUGGCAAAAGCUGACCCAUGUAUUUGCAUACGUCUUUAAAUUUCGACAUCGCAUCCGGCACUCUGGAAUUACAGUCGAGCAUAUUCAGCUUGGAACGCAGUUGCUCCUUCGCACCAUCCAGAUGAACAACCUUGCAGCUGACUACAAACGACUGCAAGAUGAAUUUGGCAUAAUGCGUGUUGGUGGUCGUUUAAAGAAUUCUGGAUUGGCCUUUGAGUCUCAGCAUCCUAUUAUAUUACCGAGGAGUCAUCCAGUAACCCACGCACUUAUCAUGCACUUUCAUCGGCGCAAACUCCAUUCGGGACCUCGAUCUCUGCUUGCACACAUUCGUCUGCAGUAUUGGCCAAUUGGAGGACGCAAAACUGUCACAACUGUGGUCAAUAAAUGCAUUAUCUGCUUCAGAGCCAAACCCCGACUGUUUGAGCAUGUAAUGGCUGAUUUGCCAAAGAGCCGGGUAUCUUCAACGUGGACGUUUAUGGUCACAGGGUUGGAUUUCUGUGGUCCGUUCCAUUACAGGACUGGGGUUCGAGGCAAGGUUCCUGUAAAAACGUAUGUCUGCAUCUUCAUAUGUUUUUCGACGAAAGCGGUGCACUUGGAACUUGUUCAGGAUUUGUCGACGCAAGCAUUUCUUGGAGCGUUGAAGCGCUUUAUUCUAACAAGGGGCAAGCCUGCUCGAAUAUGGUCGGAUAAUGCAACCAAUUUUGUUGGCGCCAAGAACGAGCUGACCGAGCUGAAACGUUUGUUCCUGUGCGACCCCCACAUACGUUCCGUGCAGGAAUUCUGUCUGGAGGAUAACAUUGAGUGGCGAUUCAUUCCUCCCCGUUCGCCUCACUUUGGAGGCCUCUGGGAGGCUGCAGUAAAAACGGCCAAAUUCCAUUUCUAUCGUUCAGUUGGCCCAUCGCUAUUAUCGUUUGACGAGCUGCGCACGCUAGUUUGCCACAUUGGGGCGAUAAUCAACUCUAGACCUCUGCUUCCUCUUUCAGAGAACCCAGCCGACUUGGAUGUGUUAACUCCCGCACACUUUCUUGGCACCGCUCCUCUGGUGUUGUUUCCAGAGCCUGAUGUCACACUGUUAAAUUGCAACCGAUUGGAUCGAUGGCAGCGAAUAUCUUACCAUCAGCAAGUUUUCUGGGCCCGUUGGCGAGAAGAAUACCUAACACUUCUUCAACAGCGUGCUAAGUGGCGCACCAAUCAUCCAAAUCUCAAGAUCAACGAUGUUGUCUUAGUGAAGGACGAGAACCUUCCUCCACUUAAGUGGCCACUGGCUAGAGUGGACGAGCUGAUCGCCGGAGAAGACAAAGUUGUCCGU